AUGGGAAUAAGGCAACCUCCGCCACAGCCGUCACCGUCUCUCCCAUCGAGAAAUCGACCGCUGUCGUCUGGAAAAGAAAGAAAAAUGAACAAUUUUCAGCUAGAUACUUCUAGAGCUAUGUUAUCGUCAAGAAGACUGGGAAAUGAAUGGCUUUUAACCAAUCCAUCCUCUUAUCUAUGGACCGAUAUGAGCCAGGAUACGCUAACAUUAGAAACGAUAACAACUACAACAACCACAACAACAACAACCACAACAACAACAACUGCAACAACAACUUCUACUACAACAACUGUAUCAACAACAACUACAACGUCAACUACUACCACUACUACCACAACGUCCGUAACAACAGUUAUUUGUGCCUCAAGUUGCGUCAACACCGCAGUUUCAACCUCAUUACGAUUGGCAUUUUAUUCAUUUGAUUCAACUGUCAAUGAUACAACUGGGCUGUAUAAUGCUGGAGGAAUCACUAGCCCAACAUACGUUACGGGAUAUGUUGGAAAUGCCGUUAGCUUUACUUUCACACUAUCACAGCGUCUAUCAGCCCCUUAUAUGAAUUUUUACCAAAGUAGUUUUACUGUUGAACUUUGGUUUUAUUGGACAACAAAUUCAUACGGAGCGAAUUAUGCACUUUUUGGACAAUAUGUGUCAAGUUCUAUGCAGCAAUGUCUGUUUCUCGUGAUAUCGAAUUCUAAUUUAUAUCUUGGUUUUUUCAAUGACGACUUAAAGGGAAAUACCAUCAUACUGUUGAAUACAUGGUAUCAUGCAGCAAUUGUUUAUGAUUAUGUAGCAACAACACAAUUAAUCUAUUUGAAUGGUGUUCUCGAUGGUAUUCACACAGGUGCUGGGGCAUUGUUAACCACAUCUGGCAGUGUAACAAUAGGUGGUGCAACAGUAGGCGGUGGUUUAGCAUUGGACAAUUAUUAUGGUGGUUAUAUCGAUCAUCUGUCAGUUAGCAGCCGAGCAAAAACUGCUUGUGAGAUUUUCAACGACGCCACGUUGGUUGCGUAUUUUUCUUUUGAUAACACGCUCAGUGAUUCAGGUCCUAACGCUUUAACCACUUCAGCAUUUGGAUCAACAUAUUCGUCAUCUGGACGUGUGAACCAGGCUUUAUUAUUGACCACAGCCAAUUCUUAUUUUCAAGUGCCGGGUUUAACAGGACUAGGCCAAUCAAAUGAUCCAUUUUCGAUUGCAUUUUGGGUCAAACCAAGUUCUUUAUUCGGCACACUUGUGCAUGUAUCAUCACAAGCAAACGGUAACGAAAAAUUCUUAGCUUAG